UUACAGCGACAACGAAGCGUGGAGACAGCUGAAACCUUCACACACACACGCUGGAAAACACACAUGCACACAGCCGUGUGGGGAGAGGACAGUCAGACACACGCUGCAUUCAAAAGAUUCCUUCUUCCUCUGAAACUUAGAUACAAAAUGUUUCUCGUCAAUGGAUGCUGGAUGAUGGAGAGGAAAACUUCUGGAGAGAAAAUUCUCUUUUAAGCAGGACUUACUGCUGCAGAGAUUUCUCCACCAAAAAUAACUUUCUCUUUUUUGGGGGCAGGGGAGUUGGAGGUUUAAACCCUCUAUCUAAGCACAACACAAAAUAACCUCUAUUCUUAGUUGCAGAAAUUGAGAGCGGUCUUUGUGACCAUUAAGAUGCCUCCUCCUGAUUCAGUCUGAGCAGUAAGUGGAUUAUGACGGCAAUAUUUUGGGAUUUCUCUUUCGCUUGAGAGAGAGAGAAAAAAAGAGAGAAAUAUAUCCAUGACUGGUGGAUUUACGUCUGUCAGAGAAGGAGAGGAUCCUGUGCGUUUUCUCCUCUCUUCUCCUGUGGAUUACAGAUGGGCUUUGUGAUCUCCCAGUGCAGUCUCAUGGAUGAUCGCCCGCUGCCAGUCAUUAGGAUAAAGUACAAAGAGGGACACAAGUGGCUCGGGCACAAGCGGAGAUUGAUUGAAGUGAUCUGUGUGAAUCCUAUUAAUGCAUCCUGGACUCUGGCCAAGGCAGAAGCAAUGGAGGGGAACACCGCUGUCUAGCAGCACUAUCUGAUCUGCCUCCUCACUGGACAAACUGAGCACCCUCUGCACUCCCUCUUCAACAACACUCCUCCUCCUCUCGCGCAGGCAAGGAUGGUACCUCCACCUCCCACCAACAAGCCCCACGUGUGCCUGUCCACCAUCCUGAUCAUGAGCAGCAUGGCGCUGAUUGAUGCCUACCUGGUGGAGCAGAACCACGGGCCGCGCAAGAUUGGCAUCUGCAUCAUGGUGAUGGUGGGAGACAUCUGCUUCCUGAUCGUCCUGCGUUACGUGGCCGUGUGGGUGGGCGCCGAGGUGCGCACGGCCAAGCGAGGCUACGCCAUGAUCCUGUGGUUCCUUUACAUCUUUGUGCUGGAGAUCAAAGUCUACUUUGUGUAUCAAAACUACAAAGCGGACCGGAAGAGCCUGGAUGCUCUGGCAAGGAAAGCGUUGACGUUGCUGCUGUCCAUUUGCAUCCCAGUGCUGUUUGUGGUGCUGGUCGCCAUCGACCACAUGGAGUAUGUUCGCGCCUUUAAGAAGCGCGAGGAGAUCCGGAAUCGUCUCUUCUGGGUGGUGGUGGACUUGCUGGACAUCUUGGACAUCCAAGCUAACCUGUGGGAGCCCCAGAAGAAGGGGCUUCCGUUGUGGGCGGAAGGCCUGAUGUUCUUCUACUGCUACAUCCUGCUGCUGGUGCUGCCCUGCGUGUCCUUGAGCGAGAUCAGCAUGCAGGGCAUCAACAUCGUGCCCCACAAGAUGCUCCUGUACCCCAUCCUCAGCCUGGUGACGAUCAACGUCAUCACCCUCUUCAUCCGUGGGGGGAACAUGAUUCUGUACAGAGAUGCCAGGGUGUCCGGGAUCUUGAUAGGGAAGAACAUCCUGGCGAUCAUCCUAAAGACCUGCAGCUUCGUGCAGUACAGGAGACAGUUGCAGAACGCUUCUCCUGCCUUCGGCGUGGAACUGCAGAAAAACUCGGUGGCCCACGCUCGCCCUGCCCCCACCCCUCCUCAAGUGGUCAUGCAGGACCAGACGCCACUCCCCGAGGUGACCACGUGUGAACACACAUGACAGAAUGGCGAGGUGAAUCCUGGAGAUGUCAAUACCCUCAGGACGCUGGCAGGGCACAACGUUCCACCCCUUUUAGGGCAUGUGGACACUCAUGUGAACACACAGGAUGAUGGCACACAGGACACUGCAGACGCUUAGCGAGGAUAGAACAGCGCUGUAUCCAAAGCUGUCAUGGUGCAAAACACAGUAUCUUGUGACUUUGUUAAAGCAUUUCCUCUAAUGAAUUCAGUUAACUAUGUAUUUUUUCUAAUGUACAAAAGAUAAAAAAGGCAACUACUGCAAGAUUAGAGGAUAUAUUUUUGAAUUGUGUGUGUUGCAUUCUAAUCUUAAGGGUCCGUGUGCUGUGGUGUGCAUUUCUGUUGCUCGAAUGUUCUUAGUAAUGGAGGGCUUUAACAUGUCAAAGUCAGGAGGGGAAACCGACGGGGGAAUCAAAGUGAUGAAAAUAACAGUUAGAGCUUUCUCUUGAAAGAAGUGUGUUUUUUAUAUGUGAUUCUUUGAUAAAGUAUUGUGUACAACAUAAAGGCUUUCCUGCUCUUUCACUGGCUGUAAAAGGGUUUUUUUCAUGAAAUCAUUUCAUAGUGGACCGAUCGAGGUCAUUUUAAUUAAAAUUCAGUAAAUGUCCUUUAAUUAACCUGGGUUUUAAAAGAAACUAGACAAUGAUUUUUCCCCCCGCUCUGGUUCAAUUUACAAUUAGGGUCUACUUAAGUGGUACCUUUGCAAUGUCAUUCAUCUUGAGUGUGAUCGGUACAUUCCAGGCUGCUCUUUUUGAGCGAGUAGGACAACAUUUUAAAUAAAUUCUUUGUGCAGUUACAAACAGUUUGAUCACUGAAUAAGUGUGACUAUGGUAUCGUAAGCUAUAGAGAAUACACAGCCAAGGGGCAACACUGCAGAUGGAUAAAUGUUUCCUAAAUAAGGAAACCUGUUUAAUAUCCUCCUCAGGCGCCCGCUGACUAUCUGUGCUUAUGCUCAGCGGCAGCGGCAGAUCUUUGAAAGCACUGUCAUUUUGUUCUUCACACAAAAGGA